AUGAAUUUUUUAGUAUUUCUUGUAACCACCCUUAGCUUGUUCCAAUUUUCACUACAAGCUAACUGCACCGUUGAAGACCUAAACAGCCUUGGUUUUCUCCCCAUUGAUCUUAAGAAAGAGGAUUCUGGAACCUUAAUGCAGACACACUCAAAGUUAACUUCUGCUGGCAAAAAAAUGGUAUCCAACAGAAAUGCAUUUACAUCAGAAAGCCUUGCUAACAUGCUACAUCCUGGUCUUGAUGUCAAUUGUUCCCAGUGCUUUUUGGACUCAAUUGCCUGCUCUAUCGAGAAAUGCAAAGCCAGAUGUAUGUCCAAUGAAUGCUCGAAAGGUUGUCAACAGUGCAUUAGCAAACAUUGUAAGUCAAGGUUCAUUGAAUGUAUUGGGCAAGAGGUUGCAGACCCUUGCAAAUUUAAGCCGUAG